AUGCGGUACACUUCGAGUCUUACAUUGCAAGCCCUUCUCUCCGCUGCAGCCGUUCAGGCCCAGCAGACUCUUUGGGGUCAAUGUGGCGGAGCUGAUUGGACCGGAGUUACAAACUGCGUCGCAGGUGCAACCUGUAGCACUCAGAAUCCCUACUAUGCACAGUGUGUUCCUGCGACCGCAACUACCUCGACCACUCUGAGCACCACGACUCGUGUCACCACCACCACCACCACCACCACUGCAGGAGGCUCAACCACGACGAGAACUUCCACCUCGGCAACUAUCACCUCGGCGCCGUCUGGAAACCCUUUUAGUGGAUACCAGCUCUACGCAAACUCCUACUACGCGUCGGAAGUACAGAGCCUGGCUAUUCCUUCCCUGACAGGCUCUCUGGUCGCAAAGGCCAGUGCUGUGGCAAAGGUGCCGUCAUUCGUAUGGCUCGACACGGCUGCUAAGGUUCCAUCCAUGGGCACUCAGCUGGCGGACAUCAAGGCUAAGAACGCUGCCGGUGCCAGUCCCCCGAUCGCAGGUAUCUUUGUGGUUUACGAUCUCCCGGACCGAGACUGCGCCGCUCUGGCCAGUAAUGGCGAGUACUCUAUCGACAACAACGGCGUCGCGAACUAUAAGGCAUAUAUCGAUUCCAUCCGGGCCCAGCUUUUGAAGUACUCCGAUGUGCAUACUAUUCUCGUCAUCGAACCUGACAGUCUAGCCAAUCUCGUGACAAACCUGAAUGUCGCCAAAUGCGCCAACGCCAAAUCUGCCUAUCUCGAAUGCGUCAACUAUGCGCUGGAGCAGCUGAACUUGCCUAAUGUAGCAAUGUAUCUAGAUGCCGGACACGCGGGAUGGCUCGGCUGGCCCGCCAACAUCAGUCCAGCUGCCCAACUCUACGCAUCGGUCUACAAGGACGCAGGGUCCCCCGCCGCACUACGCGGUCUGGCUACUAACGUCGCUAACUACAAUGCCUGGACCAUCGGAACUUGUCCUUCAUACGCGGAGAGCAACACCGUCUGCGACGAGAAGAAAUAUAUCAAUGCGAUUGCUCCGCUGUUGCAGAAUGCUGGCUUUCCGGCUCAUUUUAUUGUUGAUACUUCCCGCAACGGCGUCCAACCCACCAAACAAAACGCCUGGGGAGACUGGUGCAACGUAAUAGGCACUGGCUUCGGGGAACGAUUCACUACCAACACGGGCGACUCUCUCGCCGACGCUUUUGUCUGGAUCAAGCCCGGUGGCGAGAGUGACGGGACAUCUGAUAGCUCGGCGACUCGAUAUGAUGCGCACUGCGGAUACAGUGAUGCUUUGAAGCCAGCGCCUGAGGCGGGGAAUUGGUUCCAGGCGUAUUUCGAACAGUUGUUGGUUAAUGCGAAUCCGUCGUUUUGA